UGAACUUUUCAUUGAAGUCUAAUAUCAAUCAUGUAGCUUUCGUCUGACAGUCUAUCAAAUCAAUUCAUCGUAUAUUAAAGUUGCAGGUUAUAAGUUCAAUGUGAAGACACCAUAGUCGAAGGAGAAUAGUUGGUGAGAAAUCAAGAUGAAGCCCCGUUUUGACUUGCUGGCAUUUACAGCCCUCUUCUGUUUAGUAAGCGUGCUGCUGUACUUCAACUUUUCCAUAGUUCUGCAUUUACAACUAGUUUUCCUCAAUAACUUGGAAAACGAUCAGCAACAGUUCAAAGGAAAGCUUUUCCAAGGAGGCAGCUACAAUAUUGAUAAGGCAGGCCCAUUUGUAAUCACAUCUCAGUUGUUAAACAAAGGCAGUACUGACGAUCUUGUGGAAGCAGAUCUGGAACAGAACCUUACAGAUAAAAAGAAAGGUUUAAAGCCUGGACUGAGAGUCAAUGAUAACUGUAACAACUUUAAGGAUAGUGAGAAAUUUGACUGUUACCCUGAAGGACUUGUGACAGAGGACAGGUGUCAGAAAAGGGGAUGUUGUUGGCACCCAGUGUUGAAUGCUUCUAAUCCUGUCAGAGGCCUUCCACUCGGUGUUCCUUGGUGCUUCUACCCAGAUGGUUAUCCAGGCUACAUAGUAGACAGUGUAAACUACCACCCCACUGGGGUCAGAGUUCAGAUCUCCAGAAAAACUAACUCUUACUAUUCCAAUGACAUCAUGACGGCAGUGGUGGAUGUGACGUAUAGAACAGACUACACACUUAGGAUAAAGAUAUAUGACCCCCAGAAGAAAAGGUUUGAAGUUCCUUUAUAUGGCCCUUCAUCAUCUCAGACUACGGAUAAAACUAUGUACAGUUUCUCUGUGAGCAAAGUGGGAGAACCAUUUAACUUUCAGUUAGUCAGGAAAACCAUCACCGGCCAAGUUCCUGUCAUCAUACUGAGAACCAACCGUACAGCACCAUUCUUGUUUACGGACCAGUACAUCCAGCUGGCCUCAUUCUUACCCUCCUACUACAUAUAUGGCCUUGGAGAGCACCGUGGCAGUCUCCUUCAUGAUAUAAAUUGGAAGCAGUUCACUAUGUGGAACAAGGACCAACCUCCAAAGGAAAACACCAACCUGUACGGUUCACAUCCAUUUUACUUGUUGAUGGAAGACAGGGGUGGAAGUUGUCAUGGUGUCUUCUUAGCCAACAGCAAUGCUAUGGAUGUGAUUCUCCAGCCGGCACCAGCUAUAACCUGGCGUACUAUCGGGGGUAUCAUUGAUAUGUAUGUCUUCCUGGGCCCAAGUCCAUCUGCUGUUAUCCAGCAGUACACCGAGGUCAUAGGCCGAUCAUUCAUGCCACCCUAUUGGAGUCUGGGAUACCACCUGUGUAGGUGGGGCUAUUCAACAGCAAACGGAACGCUUGCUGUGACGGACAGGGUCCGAGCAGCUGGCAUUCCUCAGGAUGUACAGUGGAAUGACAUUGACUACAUGGACAAGAAGCUUGACUUUACCACAGGAGCAAAGUUUGGUGACCAGGGAGCUAUGGUGGAUAAACUUCACCAGCGAGGAAUGCAUUACAUCAUGAUAUUGGACCCAGGAAUAAGUGACACACAGAAGCCUGGCUCUUACAUGCCAUAUGACCUUGGAACGAAAAUGGACAUCUUUAUCAAGGACAGUUCUGGAAAACCCCUGGUUGGUAAGGUAUGGCCAGGCAACACCUUAUUUCCAGAUUUCACCCAUCCCUUAGCAUCUGAGUACUGGACAGAGGUGGUCAAGGAAUUCCAUGACAAAGUUGCGUUUGAUGGGAUAUGGAUUGAUAUGAAUGAGAUAUCCAAUUUUGUAGCUGGUUCCCUUUCUGGAUGUCCCUCAAACUCUUUGGAAAAUCCCCCUUAUCUGCCAGCUGUUGAUGGAGGAUCUCUGAGAUUCAGCACUGUUUGUGCCUCAUCCCGACAGAACCUAUCAGUGUCAUACAACACUCACAAUCUGUAUGGCCUCACAGAAACCAUAGCAACAUUCAAAGCUCUGCAAAAUGUGCGAGGAAACAGGAGACCUUUUAUUAUAUCUCGAUCAACCUUCCCUGGUCAAGGUCAGUUUGGAGGUCAUUGGUCAGGAGACAAUGAUGCUACUUACAGUGACAUGUACUUCUCUAUACCAGAAAUCUUGAACUUUAACAUGUUUGGGAUUUCCAUGAUUGGUGCUGAUAUCUGUGGUUUCCGGUCGGAGACAAAUGAACAGUUAUGUGUCCGUUGGCAUCAGCUUGGGGCUUUCUAUCCAUUUUCCAGAAAUCACAACACUCUUGGAAUGAAGGACCAGGAUCCCGGUGCCUUCAGCUAUGAUGCCAUGAUUGCCAUUAAAGAGGUGUACCUAGUGCGAUACUCCCUACUCCCCUAUCUCUACACACUAUUUCACAAAAGUCACCAGAUGGGUCACACUGUCGUCAGACCUCUCUUCUUUGAGUUUCCUGAUGAUGAGAUAACCUUCAGUAUUGAUCGCCAGUUUCUGUGGGGUGAGGCAUUGAUGAUUUCACCAGUCCUUACAAAGGAUACUACAGCUGUUGAUGUAUAUUUCCCGAGGUGUCGAUGGUAUGACCUUUACAAUGGCCAGCAUAAUUUUGUGAUGGGUGGUGUACAAAAUUUACCUGCUCCCAUUGAUCACAUUAACCUACAUGUGCGUGGAGGGUACAUCUUACCGAUGCAGGAACCUGCCUUGACAACAACAGACAGCCGUAAAAACCCUUUAAGUCUUCUUGUGGCUCUGAAUGAAACGGGAAUGGCUCACGGAAGUUUGUUCUGGGACGAUGGAGACACGAUAGGGACUCAUGCUUCUGGCAAAUAUAUCAUGAUGGAGUUCCAUGUGGCAGAGCAAGUGUUACAGAGUCAGAUAUUACAGAAUAAUUACACCACCUCUGUGACCUGGGGUAACAUAACAGUUUACGGUGUGGAACAAAGACCAGCAUCAGUUACAGUGAAUGGACAGGCAGUGAAAAAUAUGUAUGAUGACAAUUUCAAGGUUCUUAAAGUCACCAACCUGACUCUGGAAUUAGCUCAAGUCUUUAAGAUGGUGUGGAAAUAGGAGACAGAUUUCCACCUGAAUAAUGAUGGUGGAAAACACUGAAUUGCUGCUGGGUUUUAUUUUGUAAUCAAAACAAAUAUUCUCUACAGCUUUUGUUAGGUCACCUGAGACAAAUUCCUAGGGUGACCUAUUGCAUUCCCUUUCAUCCUACAUCGUGCUUUAUGCAUCUUAAACUUUUUGACAUUUUCAACGUCUGGAAAAUUCCUGAACCAUUGAAAUUUCUUUUCAUUCAGACUUGGUUAGAAGUCUUAGCAUGGUACAGCAGUUUAUGUAUACACAAUAUUACAUGGUACAGCAGUUUAUGUAUACACAAUAUUACAUGGUACAGCAGUUUAUGUAUACACAAUAUUACAUGGUACAGCAGUUUAUGUAUACACAAUAUUACAUGGUACAGCAGUUUAUGUAUACACAAUAUUACAUGGUACAGCAGUUUAUGUAUACACAAUAUUACAUGGUACAGCAGUUUAUGUAUACACAAUAUUACCAUGGUAUUGUGUCUACCAUAUUGUUAAAGUUAUAUUAUUUUUUUUAACAAAAUCAUUUCUCUGACAUAUUACAAGAAGCAUUGUGACUCGGGUGACAGUUAAGGCCCAUGGGCCUCUUGUUGAGUCUUAAAUGUAUAUAUCACAAAGGGUUUAAAGUAUGUAACUACAUGACAUUUUAGUACUGAAUCGGUUUUAGAAGCCACACUAGGUGAGCUGUAUUCACUUUUAGUACUGAAUCGGUUUUAGAAGCCACACUAGGUGAGCUGUAUUCACUUUUAGUACUGAAUCGGUUUUAGAAGCCACACUAGGUGAGCUGUAUUCACUUUUAGUACUGAAUCGGUUUUAGAAGCCACACUAGGUGAGCUGUAUUAACUCUCUAAGCUGUUAAAUUGCGUUUUCAGUUGAGAUUGAUGUGAGUUUUAGUUUCGCUUUUUAUUGCUUUAUUUUUGUUUUGUUGAUUUGACUUUUUAAAUAUGUGAGUCUCACCAAAGACAGGGUUAAAGGUCAUCCUCCCUCGAGUCAGCUGAACACAGAAUACAUCAUCUAACCAACCAAUUCAUUAAUCAACAUUCAACACUUGUACCAUUUGUUCAACAAGAUGGCAUUUUGAAAAGAAUUCACCUCAGUUUCUCCUACUUUAUAACUACCAGAUUCAAUCAAACAUUUUUACAAGUGCUGGAAAACAUGUCAGUUGAUCAUGUUUACUAUUAUAAGUGGUACUAAAUACUGACCCUAUAAUCAUAGUUCUGUACCACUAUGUUAUAUUUAUUGUCCUCCAUUUUCCUCUACGUUUGUGUGUUAUUUCAAGACAAUUCCAUCAAGUUAUGUAGGUCAUAUUAGAAAGGUAUAUUCACAUUUCAUUUUCCUCGUUGUUAUAUACUGUUACCGUGAAUACUGCCACAUUACUUCUUUGUCAAGGUUCCUACUAUCAUUUAUAUUGUAUCUAAGGUUACCACCAAACUGUACACUGUAACCUAGGUUACCAACAUACUGUACACUGUAACCUAGGUUACCACCAUACUGUACACUGUAAUCUAGGUUACCACCAAACUGUACACUGUAACCUAGGUUACCACCAAACUGUACACUGUAACCUAGGUUACCACCAAACUGUACACUAUAACCUAGGUUACCACCAUACUGUACACUGUAACCUAGGUUACCACCAAACUGUACACUGUAACCUAGGUUACCACCAUACUGCACACUGUAACCUAGGUUACCACCAAACUGUACACUGUAACCUAGGUUACCACCAUACUGCACACUGUAACCGAGGUUACCACCAUACUGCACACUGUAACCGAGGUUACCACCAUAUUAUCCCUUAGGUUUCUCUGGAAUAAUUUUUUAUCCUUUUCAUUGCUGUUAUAUGUAAAAUGUAUAAUGAUGGAAGUAUGUUGAUUGGUAGCUUGGAAUGUGGAACAUUAAUUUCUUACAGUACAAUAUUGUCCUGGACCAGCUAGAUAUGAUUAAGUAUAUCGGUGCUGUUUUAUAUGGACUGUGAUAAUGUCAAGUGUCUAAUUGCUUAUCUGGCUGUUUUAAAUCUUACAUAACAGUGAUGUAUGUAUAUGGAAAUACUGAAUACAAGUGACUGUGUGAUAAAGUGGGUAUAUCAUGUAUACCAAGGAUAUAGUUACAUGUUAAUGAUGAAUAGAAUAUAUAACUAGUAUGGCAUGGUGUGUAUGAAGGAAGUAAUGUAUACCAAGUGUGUUAUGUUUAGUGUUGCUUAAAUUCAGGGUAUGACAGAAAGAAAAUUUAAGAAUGGGUGAUACCUUAUGUUGAAGUGUCAACAAUACGAACAAUAAAAUAUUGUUAAUGAUAAA